GAAGUAUGCAGCCCCUCCCGUAUCCGGGGGUGGGGGCAGGCUCAUGCGCAAAGCUGACUCCAGACUCCCUCGGCCUGGGAAUGUCUGUUUCCAGUGCACUUUAUCGGAAUUUCAGGCAGGAUGUUCCCAGGGAAGUCCUAGUCCAGGGAGGGAACUGUUUGGAGAAGAAAGACUAAACAACAGCAGGGAGAGGAAGGGUUCUUUUCCAAGUUUCGAUGCAGGAAGGUUAGGAAAAGGCGAGCAGACAAAGGGAGGGGGGGACACAGCAUGGAAGGAGCGGUGUCUGCACUCGACAAGACCGCCACUGAGCUCUCGGUGAUGGACGUCUACGACAUUGCGGCGGUGGUCGGACAGGAAUUUGAGCGCAUCAUCGACGUAUUCGGCUGCGAGGCGAUCGCCAAACUGAUGCCGAAAGUGGUGCGGGUUCUGGAGAUGCUCGAGGUGUUGGUGAGCCGCAACAACAUGAACCCAGAGAUUGACGAACUGCGCCUGGAGUUGGACCGGCUGAGGGUGGAGAGGAUGGACCGCAUCGAGAAGGAGAGGAAACACCAGCAGGAGCUCGUGCUGGUCGAGGAUGUGUGGAGAGGGGAGGCUCAGGAUUUACUCACUCAGAUCGCAAAACUUCAAGAGGAAAACAAACAGCUGACGAUGAACCUUUCUCACAAAGAUAUAAGCCUGACUGAAGAAGAAAUCCUGAAACAGGAAGCUGGGAUGUCAGAAAGAGAAUGGCAAGUGAUGAAGAAGCUAAAGGAAGUGGUUGAUAAACAGCGGGAUGAGCUCAGAGCUAAAGACCGAGAAUUAACUCUCAAAAACGAAGAUGUUGAAGCCUUACAGCUGCAGCAGAACAGGCUGAUGAAGAUAAACCAUGAGCUACGACACAAGGUGACAGUGAUCGAUGCACAGGGGAAAGGGUUGAUUGAGCAGAAGGUGGAGCUUGAAACCACUUUGCAGACCAAAGAACAGGAAAUGGGAAACAUGAGAAUGGAAAUUGGGAAGCUGAGGGAGAAAUUUCAUGGACAGCCCACACAAAAUGGAGAUGACCAAUUGAAGGUACAGCAGCUUGCUUUCUUCCCGAACAUUGAGGAAUGUGAAAGGGAGUAUUUCAUGACAGAGCCUGACAGUGAAGAAGACUUUCAAUCUGAUAAGGCGCUUUUAGAUUUAAAUGACCCUAACCGACCUCGCUUCACAUUACAAGAGCUGAGGGAUGUCCUUCACGAAAGGAAUGAGCUGAAGGCCAAGGUGUUCCUCCUUCAGGAAGAGAUGGCUUAUUACAAAAGUGAAGAAUUGGAGGAAGACAACGGGCCCUCAAACCCCCCUCCAACCCCACAAUUACAGCCAAAGCCAGCAACCCAGCCAGAAUCUGGUAUCAGACGACUGUUUAAUUUAUUUUCACGAGACAAGCGAGCAGAAACGCGUCAUCGAUUGCAGGGAUAUCAAGGAGUUUGGGGAAUUUCAGAGCACGAUGGGAUUGUCACAGAGCAAGGACAAGAAGCAUUACAACAUCUAUAACUGCAGCCCCUGGAUACAUCCCUGGGUUUAGGAAUCUGGACAGCUGGCAUCUUGCAUUUAAAUAAUGAGAAUAAUUGGAAAUGGACUUUUCUUGCCUAUUUAGCAUUGAAAGUCUGAGUACAGGUUAACAGUUAAUGGGCUGCUAGAGUUGGACUGACUACCGUGGUGAACUGUUGUAUUCUAAUCACUAACCUUAUUUUUGGAAAGGUAAAUUUGUGAUGACCUCACAGUAUCAUUGUAGUAAUAGUAUUGGUGUUUCUUGUGAAUGCAGAACCUGCAAUGUUAUACACUAAACCAAAAGGUAUUUAUCUGCGGAUUAUACAGCUGCUGUGCUCUUAACUCUCUCAAAGAAGGCAAUUCUAAUGCUUGCUUUCUGCAGUAUCAUACAGUCUAUUUCCCAAGUAUGUGUGGCCUCAAACUACUAACUGACAGCAUUGGAGUCCAGAGAAGGAGAACUAAAAGCACGUUUUCGAAUCUCAGAUUAGAAGAGACAGGUUUUUAAUUUGAAGCUGAGUUUCUGGCAGUUAUUUCUGUGUUGUGUAUCACUCCACCCAGCAGUGACCUGGAUCCAGAUGUAAGAAGUUAUAUUUCUUUUUGCAUAAAAAGGACCUUCAUCUCAACAUUAAGCUUAUGCUGCACAUUUCUGAUUGCAGCUCACCUCCAUACUGUUCAGGUCUUUGACUGAGGAAAGUAAACUGGAAUGUGUCAAUCUUUGUUAUAAUUCCUCAGAGAAAAAAGCAAUCCUGUUUUGAGUGGAGAGACAAACAGAGUUAACAAACUUUAACCGAUUAAUAAUCUUUCAUCAAGAUCUGUUCUGAUGCAAGAUGCAUUUUUGAAAACUUGCUUAUCUGGACAUCAGUUACCCUUUGAAGAUAAUAUAUCGAACACACCAAUGCAACAUGGUUAUAGUUGGAGUUGUUAGGAUCACCUUAGCACUCAAAGCUGUUAGAUCUGUCAAAGUGCCUAUGAUUCAGAUUACUUAAAGCAUGACAAAAGGUACUCGAAGCAACUACUAGGUUAAAGUUUGUUUUUCAUUUCAGUCACAAUUACAUCUCUAUAUUUCUCCAACUUGGAAAAAUUGAAUAUUUAUUAAAUUCAUUGCAGUAUUUUAUAUUGUAGUGACUUCUUCCUGCCGAUAUUGGUGCUGUAGCAUCACCACUGGUUGGGAGUGUCCUUAAAGCCUUAUGUUUACAUGGAUAAUUUUCACUUAAAAUGUGUUGAUCCUGUAAUUUCCAUUAUUGAAGAUGAUUGCAUACAGAUCUAAGACUUAUACCAUCUAUUUAACUGAAAUGUAGUUUCAAGUCACAUUUGUGUUCGUCUGCAAAUUUACAGCUGAUCAUGCAAAUGAUAAAUUAUAAGUGAUUCACUGGUAAAUAACUAGCAGGAAUGCCUUGUGACCUUGGAAUUGUCUUGAGCCGUGAAGGAGAUUCUUCGCAAUGUCCUGACACCAUUCACAUUAAAACUGCAGUUGUUGAACCCUGAGCUGUUCAUGAGGGCCAACAAGAUUUGAACAAAGAAUUUGCUUAUUGUAAGUUGUUUGCUGGUAAGGAACUUGAUAAUUGCUAAAAAAGAUACAUUUUGUCAAAUCCUUUCACCUUACACUCAUUAUUUGUAAGAAUACAAACUCCACAGAAAACCAUCAUUUAUAUUGCAAGAGAAACAAGUGCUGAUUGCUUGGCAAAUGGACGCUGGUACAGGUGUUGCCUUGGGAAGUGCACGGAUUAAUAACUGUUGUCAAUUUAACUGCCAGGUUUUGACACAAUUUUUUUUGUAUAAGCAAUACGGAAGUCAUUGUGAAGUUAGGACACUGACCCAUUCACUGUGUCCUAAUCUGUACUGAAUAUGAAAGUGAUGGAAGAAAGUUUCUACUCUGUUAUUGUACAUUUUGAAAUAGUCUAGAAACAAAUUUCAGGCUCUAAUGAAAUGUACACUUCAGUGGGAUAGACUGCAGAUUCAUUUUUGUAAAUGUAGGUUUUGAUUUUGUGCCUUUAAUAUUUCUCUAAUGUAGAUGCUACAUGGCAACACUCCAAUGUGCAAAUACCUUUUGUUUUGCCAAAGUAAUUGUGAAGUAUUAAUUGCAGAGUGGCUGCUGAUUAAAGUACAUUCUAAUCUUUUCAGCUGAUAGGCAUCUACUGUGUAUCUAUCUACAAUAAAAGCAUAGUGUUUAUGGACA